UCCAGGAAGCAACACAACAGACGAUCAUUAACAAGAUCAGAACAGACGCCUGAAAAGGAAACAUUUUGAUAACAGAAAAUACAGUUAUGUGAACUGCAGUACUGGAUAUGAGUCUACAAUCAACUGUGGGACUGAACCCAGAAACUAUCAGAACCGAGGAAGAGCUUGUGUUUAUUGUCGGUAUUUGACACUGUCAUAGUAAUGACCAACAUGAGCAAGGAUCAGAAUGAUCAUUAACUUCUGAAGCAACCGAACAGUCCACAAAUGGAGCCUUGUAUUUGGAGAUAAAUCCAAAGCGUAUUUUAUUGAAAUACACUGUAUGCUCAAGCAGCCAAGAUACAAUGCAAAAAAUGCUGAGAUUGGGAUUUUUUGUGUUCUUUUUGGAGGUGAUUGGGGUACCCCUGAUCCAGGGACACAGCGCUUUCACGUGUGAACCCAUUAAAGUUCACAGAUGUCUUGGGAUGCACUACAACAUGACAUUUUUUCCUAAUAUGAUGGAACAUUACGACCAAGAUAUUGCUGCUAAAAAAAUGGAGCCGUUUGUUCCACUGAUCAGUCUCAGCUGUUCUCCAGAAGUCCACAAGUUUAUGUGUGAGGCGUUUGUGCCAGCCUGCACUGACCAAAACAAAGUGAUUAACCCGUGCAGGAGCCUGUGUGAGCGAGUGCACUCGGACUGUGGAAAGGUGAUUGAUACUUUUGGAGUCACCUGGCCCCCCGAGCUUGACUGUGGCAGGUUGGAAGAAUGUCGAGGUUCUCAGCCUGGUACUCCUGCUCCUUCCACUAAGCAUGCAGUCACCCAGAAGGCAACCCAGCCUGUGCAGAGGGACUAUGGAUUCUGGUGUCCUCGGAAGCUCAAGACCCCAGUUGGUCAGGGUUCCAUGUUUCUGGGAGUGAGUGACUGCGCACCACCAUGUGAAAACAUGUACUUCACAAGCAGUGAAAUCAAAUUUGCCAAGAACUUUGUUGGGAUUGUUUCCAUUAUCUGCCUUUGCGCAACGCUGUUUACAUUCUUCACUUUCCUGAUUGACGUCAAGAGGUUCAGGUACCCCGAGCGUCCUAUCAUCUUCUACGCCGUGUGUUACAGCAUAGUCUCCUUAAUCUACUUCAUAGGGUUCCUGCUGGAUAACAGCACAGCUUGCAACAAGGCUAACGAGAAGUUGGGGCACAUGGAAACUGUAGUUCAGGGCUCGCAGAACAAGGCCUGCACUGUCCUUUUUAUGCUGCUUUAUUUCUUUUCCACUGCUGGAACAGUGUGGUGGGUUAUUCUGACCAUCACCUGGUUUCUGGCUGCGGGGCCCAAGUGGAGCUGUGAAGCUAUUGAGAAGAAGGCAGUGUGGUUCCACUCCUCGGCUUGGGGGAUUCCUGGGGCUCUGACAGUGAUGUUGCUGGCCAUGAACAAAGUGGAGGGUGACAGCAUGAGCGGGGUGUGCUUUGUGGGGCUGUAUGACCUGGAUGCACUGCGCUACUUUGUCCUUGCGCCCCUGUGCACUGGUGUGGUUGUGGGUCUGUCUCUGCUCUUGGCCGGCAUCAUCUCCCUCAAUCACGUGCGGCGGGUGAUCCAGCACGACGAGCGGAACCAGGAGAAGCUGAAAAAGUUCAUGAUCCGGAUCGGCGUCUUCAGCGGUCUUUAUCUGGUGCCUUUGGUUACCCUGCUGGGGUGCUACAUCUAUGAACAAGGUCACCGGACCACUUGGGAAAUGACGUGGGUCAAUGACCAUUGUGAGGAGUAUCACAUCCCCUGCCGACCUUACCAGGUGAAGACAUUAGCAAGGCCGGAUCUUUCCCUGUUCCUGGUCAAAUACCUGAUGACCCUGAUCGUUGGCAUCUCGGCUGUCUUCUGGGUCAGCAGUAAGAAGACGUGUUCAGAAUGGGCAUUUUUCUUCAACAAGACUCGCAAGAGAGAUCCCAUCAGUGAGAGUCGGAAAGUGCUGCAAGAAUCCUGUGAAUUUUUCUUAAAACAAAACUCCAGAGUGCAGCACAAAAAGAAGCACUACAAGCCAAACUCCCACAAGCUGAGGGUCAUUUCAAAAUCGAUGGGGACCAGCACAGGAGCAACGGCAAACCACGGCACGUCUGCAGUCGGCAUCACCAAUCAUGACGUUUUAGCCCAGGCCACAUUCUCAGAGGUCAGGGCUUCAUCGGAUGCUUCUGGGAAAGAGCUUGCAGAGCAGGGCAAUUCCACUCGGGCAGCCCAGCCUCGAUCAAAAUCCAGGGAACGGGUACCUUCCGGCCAGGUAUUGCCGUCACGUGCUUUGUCUGGGGAUGUAGUGGAGAAGAGGAGCAAAGCUGGGAGCUCUGGCAAAGUAAGCAGCCAAUCUGAGAGUUUGCAGCGAGUCCCUGAUGGAAGAUUGACCCCCAGAAGUGAUUUUCUGGAGGGGCGUCCAGUACAAAGCAGUCAUCCUCUGCCUCGCAGCUCAUCACAGCCCAGCAGCAUUAAGGGAUCCACUUCGUUUCUUGUACACAUUGUUCCGGAAGAGAAGAAAGAGAAAAAUCUGGACAACAGCUGCUCAAAUACCUGAACGGGUAUCUCUGUUUCAGCACAACCCCCCCCCCCCCAAUACUUACCUACAUUUGUUUGAACUUUUUUGGUUUUUUAUGCAGAGUUUUGUGUCAGAGAAGGACCUACAUUAAACAUUCAGAAUAUUUGUAUUGUCAAAAAGGGCUAUUUAAUGUGUGCGUGCGUGCAUUUCUUUUUUAAAAAAUUUUUAUAACCUUUUAUUUCCUAAGAUUAUCAAAAUACUAAAUUGUUCUGUAGUCAUAACACUGAAAUAUUUCUGGAAAUUGUAUAUAAAAUACCAUUUGUAACAGUCUUGAAGAUUCCAAUUAGUCUUCUAAGAGGUACAUGUUACUUUUAAAUGUAUUCAUUCUGUAGAGGUAGUUUUUACUGAUGGUGCCUCCAUUGAUGUUUAACAGUUCUUACACUGUAUAAAUGUAUUGCGGUUACAGUUUUCACAGUGUGGUGUAAGCAAGCGGGUAUCCUCAGUCACAUAAAUUGUAGUUCUUUAUAUACGAAUAUAUUUUGUUUUAGAACCGCAAUAUGUAGUUAACCAUGUACUUUUCAAGCAUUUGUUGACAUCAUGCACCACUGCAACCUGAGUGACAUUUAAACAAAAUAGAUUGUUUGUCUAGCAUAUCUUAACUUAAGUUUCUUUGGUAAGAUUUCACAAUCAUGUCAUUUCAAGCAUUUCACUAUGCUUUUUUUUUUUUUUUUUUUUUUUUUUUUUUUUUUUUUUUUUUUUUUUAAAUCAAACUAAUAAAUGUUUAAAAGAGCCCAACAACCACAAAUUAACUGAAUGAGAUGCAUGUAUAUUCCACCUAUAAUGGCAGAAACUUAUUGGGGACACAUGAUUCUGGCAAUAUGUAGUAGUACUGUAAUAAGAAUGCAGUACAAUGGGUUAAUUCUGAAGGAUUAAAGAACUUGAGACGACAAUAUACCAAUCCUAUAUAAUUAUGCCCUUAGGUAUUUGGGUAUUCUGCAGUAAUUCUGCAAAGUUACUGUGUCAAGAAAUACUAUACUGUGGAGUAGAGAACGAGACGACUGAAUCCCUUGUUACUAUCUUAAAAGCAAUUAAUUUUAUGUCGAAGUACACACCCUCCCAAGUAUUGCUUUCAGCUGCUCUAGGUGAAUUGCAAAUGUUGUUCAGCCCAUGGAGCUGUCAUACAAGAGGUGUGACUCGCUUAAUUUCAGCAUAUUUGCAUUCCUCUCUUUGCUUACUAUGUAUUGGUUGCAUUUCAAUCUGGUAAGCUCAGUAAGCAGUUUACCUUUCAGUCAUUUCAUGAGGCUUGGCAGCUUUUUUUUUUUCUUCCAGAUGUUUCAAUGUCUUGUAUUGCAUGUACAUUAAUGUCAGAUUGUUAUGUAUUGUCAGACUGUAUACAGGUUAAAGACGAUACUGGCUUAAAUCGCUUCUCUUUCUGAGCUGUAAUGGGUCUUUGAAGCCUGGUGCAGCUGGAAGUGGAAAGGGAUUUUGCAAGAAGUCACUUUUUUCAUUGCUGUCUGUAGAGUGUUAACGUUAGUCUAAUAUCACAGUGAUGAAAUUCCAGUGGUUUCACCUUUUGGCAUUUUUAUUUGGUGAGGAAAAAUAAUGUACCUGUAUAAAAACUGGUAAAUGCAUAAUGCACAAAGGAAGCAUAGCGAUUGUUGAACUACUCCGCAACAUUUUUGUAUAUUUUUCUUACUGCCUGGAAGGGUUUAAACAAUUCUUGUCACAUACCAAAGGAACACUAUUUUUUUUUUUUGGUGGGGGGGGGGGUACACAGGAACAAAAUGGUAAUUUUUUUUUUUACUGCAAUGAAUCCUGAUGUUUAACCUGUAUUAAACAUUAACCUGAAUCAAUAUGGUAUGUGAAGUUGCAAGUAUGUGUGCAAACAUGACAUUAUGAACUUGCAACACUGCGUACUAAGAUGAAAAAUCCUGAUAAUUACACAAUUGCUUGGUGCUUUGCAGUUUACAUUGAAUGUCCACAACUUUUUAUUUCUUUUUGCUGUUCUGCUUUUUUUUUAAACUGUCAUUCUGUUCAGUGUUUAGUACAUAGCAAUCAGUUUUGAUACCAUUUCCAUUGAAUGAGUUUUAUAAUUUGAAUAAAAUGAUCUUCCUAAGAAA